UAAAACCCUACGUACCUGUUGGAGGAAAGAAGACGCGGAGGAGGAAGAAGGACAGAAGUAUACUGCGGAAGAAGAAAUUUGGAGCCUUUUUCACCUGGAAUCAGCUUUCUUAUCGUCCAUCUCUUCGGCGAAAAGAAGAGGGAAGACUUCAACUUGGGCAAAGAGUGAUCCUCUGGUUUAAUGUUAGAUAGGGCGGAAGUUGGGGGGAUCAAGAAUAGACAUGGUGGGAAGAAGAUGACGAAGAUUAAAAAUAAGAAGAGGAAAGGAGAAAGCAUUGCUGAUGGUGAUGGAUCAGAAAUGAAUGAUUAUAGUUCGAGUAAGGCUGUGGGGAGAGAGAAAAGAAAGAAGAUAUUGAAAAAGAAGGAAAAGAAACUCGAGGAGAGAAAUGCCCCAGCUGAGCCCGGACAUGAUGCAAUGUUGAAUCGAGAAGAAGUGGGUUCUAUAGAUGCAAAACUUGGAGAAAAGAAGAAGAGGAGGAAAAGGGAGAAGAAAGACAGUGCUGAUGUUGAGGAUGCUUUCCACACAGAUAUUGAAGGGAAUAAUUCAAUCAAAGUAAAGGAUGGAAAGAAAAGUAAGAAAUCAUCUUUAAAGAAAAAGAUGAAAGUUCAUAUUGAAUCCGAAAGUCAAGGAGAACCUGAACCACAGAUGUCGGAUGGUUUGGAAAUCAUGAAUGGUAAAAAAGGUAAGUCUAAGAAAGAUAAGAGAAAGAAGAAGGCCCUCAAGCAGUCCAGGGAAGGAGAGGAAUUAGUGGAAGAUAAGGCUGAACCUUCUAAAGAGGAGGUUUAUCAUAUUUCUUCAGAGGAUGAGGACAGUCCUAAAGGAAUGAAAAAAUGGCUGAUGGAAUACCAUCAAAGCAGACCUGGACUGAAGAUAUUGCAGCAAAGGAUUGAUGAAUUUAUAACAGCACAUGAAGAAAAACUUGAAGAGGAAAGAAAGGAAAGAGAAGCCCGUGCUGCUGACGGCGGAUGGACAGUUGUGACACACCACAAAGGGAGGAAGAAAACUACAGAGUCUGAUACAGGAACUGUUGUGGGCUCUGUCUCUGAGGCCGCUUUGAAGGAUCAGAUGGCAAAGAAGAAGCACAAGGAAGUAGGGCUAGAUUUCUACCGUUUCCAUAAAAAAGAAGCUCAGAGAAACGAGAUAAUGAUGCUGCAAAGCAAGUUUGAGCAAGAUAAAAGGCGGAUACAGCAACUAAGAGCAGCGAGGAAGUUUCGACCUUACUGAAUACUGCCAGAUCUGGUUGAGAAUUGAGGCGAAACAAAAAAUUUUCCCUCUGCUCUUGGAAGGAGGUUGAAGAUGCCCUUGUUGAUGUAAAAACUACUAUGAAGAAUUAUUAUUGUUCAUGAGAUUUUGUAUAACUCAGGCCACAUUGCUGUAUCCUAAGAAUUUCUUAAAAGAAAGGAAAAACAAUUUUGAGUCAUUAAAAGCUUAGAUCCUGAA